AUGACGGAGCCCGUUAUUACGUCAUUCUUGGAUACGGACAUGUAUAAAUUGACAAUGCAUGCGGCGGUUUAUAAGAAUUUCCCGACUGCUGAGGUUACCUAUAAAUACACCAACAGAAGUGAAGAUAUGAAGUUCAAUCAGGAAGCGAUACAGUGGCUCAAAUUUCAAUUCCAGAGCCUAAGUAGCCUCAGAUUCCUUGAAGACGAGAUCGAGUAUUUGAGAAAUGCAAUCCCUUAUCUUUCUAAAGACUAUCUUAAUUACCUGGCGAGUGACGAAGUGAAAAUGAACCCCAGUGAGCAGAUUGAAUUUAACGUUCUUGAGACGAAUCAGGAAGGACAUUACGACUUGGAAAUCAAUAUAAACGGCCUCUGGAAAGAUACAAUCUUGUACGAGAUUCCGAUUCUAGCGUUGGUUUCGGAAGCGUAUUUCAAAUUUGUUGACACCGACUGGAGCUACGACGGCCAAAUUGAAAGUGCUUUCAGAAAGGCUGAACAACUCCUUGAGCACAACAUUCUAUUUAGCGAAUUUGGGACCCGGAGGCGUAGAUCUUUUAAGACGCAAGAUCUCGUCAUGCAAGGUAUCAUGAAAGCCACUGAGAGCCGCAGCGAGCGGCCGAGCGGACUUUUUCUGGGCACUUCUAACGUGCUUUUUGCCAAAAAAUACGGUGUUAAGCCAAUCGGGACAGUGGCGCACGAAUGGAUGAUGGGUAUAGCAUCCAUUACCGGUGACUACCUACACGCCAAUCAAAAAGCCAUGGAUUGUUGGAUUGGUACUUUUGGCCCUCAAAAUGCAGGCCUUGCUUUGACCGACACUUUCGGUACCGACGAUUUUUUGAGAAGCUUUCAUCCACCUUAUUCGGAUUGUUACAUUGGUGUGAGACAGGACUCUGGUGACCCGGUUGAGUAUACGAAAAAGAUCUCACAUCAUUAUCUUGACGUUCUCAAACUAAAGCCUCUUUCCAAAAUCAUAUGCUACUCAGACUCGCUGAAUCCUGAAAAAGCCAUCAGAUAUGCGAACGUGGCUUAUGACUAUGGACUCAAACCUACUUUCGGGAUAGGUACAAAUUUUACCAAUGAUUUCAAAAGCAAGUCUAACCCUGAAAGAAAAAGCGAACCUCUGAACAUUGUUAUAAAGCUUCUCGAGGUGAACGGCAACCAUUCCAUCAAAAUCUCGGAUAAUCUCGGCAAGAACAUGGGUGAUCCGAAAACCGUUGAAAAGGUCAAAGAGAAAUUGGGCUACACCGAAAAGAGCUGGAUAGGUGAUAACGAAGCCCACAGAUGGGCAUCCUGA